AUGGAUAACAUAAACGAACCAGUUACCGAAGAAAUGUCUCAAGAUUAUGAGAAAGAACAAGAAAAAAGGGAACAAGUAAUGGAGGCUUAUACAGAAGAAAGCUCAGUAACAGAGCACUAUUAUUUGAGAUCCAGGAAGGAUAAGACAGGAGCCAGAAGCAUCCAGAGUACAGUUCAGGAGGAAGAAGGUCAAACAAAGACACAACUUGGAAAAACAGAGAUGUGGAUGGAAAUGAUGUUUGCUAAACUGUCAAAACAAUUAAGAACCGAAAUAGAACAACAAUCAGAAAGAUUCAAGGAACAGGCUUUAGAAUCAAGAAGCGAGAUGAGACAACUGAUAUCAGAAGAAUUCAGAAAUCAGUCUGAAAAAUUGAACGAAAAACUAGAAGAUGUUACAAAUAAUAUAGACCUAGUAGCAAGGAAACUAGGAAGAAGGAUGGAAGAAAUACAGUCUGAUUUGACCAACCGGAUUGAGAAGAAUGAAGACAGGCUGAAUAACAUAGAACUUGACUUUGAGACAAAACUGACCACUUCGGUUGAACAGAAUAAAAUAGAAAAUACAGAAAAAUAUGAAAACCUAAGAAUACAUGUUAACAAAGUAAAUGAGGAGAUAAAGGGAGACUUAAAUACCCAUGAGGAAAAAAUAGAAGCUCUAAGCAAAAGAAUUAACAUCUUAGAGAAGAACAGACCUAUAGAGGUUGUGAAUAUGGAGCCAAGAACUCCUAAUAUACAACGGACUGAUACUAACUGCCCGCCAAGUAUAAUAGCCAGUAAUGGUGGUGUCUCAGACAUGUUCCAAGCGCUGAACUCGACGUUGAUUCAGCAAAAUAAAGGGAUAAACCAGAAACCUUUAUUCUUUAGGAACAGUAAGAAGGAUAUUCCUACAGAAUUUAAUAACUCUCUAAGAUCACAAUAUCAAUUAUGGGGACACACACUAAUAUUUCAGGACUUCAUCAGACAGCACCUAAGAGAUGAGGCAUUAGUAUGGUGGCUGAUGCACGAAACUGAAAUAAAUGAAAUAGACAGUUUCAGUGAAAAAUUUUUAAGUAAAUUUUGGAGAGGAAAAUAUGAUCCUAUUUUCUGGGAAGAAUUGAAUCAUGGAAGUUACUUCUACCACACAAAUAUAAGUCCGCAGCAGUACUUCUGCAAUAUGAUACUAAGAGCUCGGGCAUGUGAACAUAAGCUUGACGAGGAAUUCAUCUGUAAAUCUAUGGUAAGACAUUUUGGGAACACUAUCGAAGAAAUAAUGUUAUACCAAGGCAUUAAUAGUAUUGAUGGAUUUUUGGAGGUUCUAAACCGUUUUGGGAGAGAAAGAAUUCUUAAGGAAAAUAAUUCCUACCAGAGGCCUUCGGCUAGAUAUCUUGAAGAUAAAGAGCCACCUCAGAUGAAAACUAAUCAACAGGUGAAGGACCAAGGAAAUAACCUGCCUUCAAGACCUUAUAAUGAAAAAAUGAACACCAGUCAGUACAACACUGGUUUGCGACCUUAUGGUAAAAACUACUCAAACCCAGUACAGAGAAAAAACUUUGAUAGAAGCCAGAAUUGGAAUCAGCCCAAUCCUCAAGUGAACAAAAUUACCUUAGUAAGGGAGAAAAAUAAUCAAGAACCUGUCAACAGCUAUCAACAGAAAACAUAUCCUGAUGAACAGGCAAGACAGAAUAUAAAUAAUCAGACUUUCGAAGAGAACUACAGGGCAGCAAUUGCUAAACAGCCUGUACAGGCCGAAGAGGAAGAUGACAUAAAUAUUGCUUAUAUACCAGAAGAUAAAAAUGAAGAACCAACUAUUGAAGAAUAUGAGUAUCCAAAAUUAGAUACAACACAAAAUCCGAAGAAGGUUCAAGCCUUAGUAAAUUCAGGCUAUAAAACAGUCAGUUUAAGCCAGGAAGCCCGUAAAAUAGAGUUGGAGCACACUGGACUAGAGAAACUACCAGUACCUAACACUGUAGCAGAGACGACUACUAGAUGGUCUAAGCCUAUGAGGGAGAAAAUAACUACGGAUGUAAUUCUACCUAACCACGCCAUCAACGACGAAGGCAGAAUAAUCCAAGAAGAACUAGAAGAUCCUAGAAGCUAUCUCCGCGGUAAAUCCCCCUUGCAUCUUCCAGGUUGUCCCUGGGAGUGUAGGGUUACCUAUCCUCGCAACGUCAGGGGAUUGCCUCCUCGGUUGCAGAGCCCUGGAUGUGUAGGGGUUGUCCCCCUAUCAUUCUUGGCGGUCUUACCUUAUCCUAUCCUCGCAACGUCAGGGGAUUGCCUCCUCGGUUGCAGAGCCCUGGAUGUGUAG